GAGCACCAUGAUAAUAUUUUUAGGAAAGUUAGAGGAAUACUCAAUAAACUAACACCGGACCGAUUUGAUAAGUUGAGUUUGGAGUUAUUGAAUGUCGGGAUAGACUCUCAGACUGUACUGAAAGGCAUUAUAUUUCUGAUAAUACAGAAGGCUUUGAACGAGCCCAAGUACAGUUCUCUGUACGCUCGUCUCUGCCAGAGAUUAUGCGAGGAUGCGCCUAACUUUGAGUCACCUAAGUCUAAUGUAACUACAUUCACAAAAUUAUUGUUAAACAAGUGCCAGGAUGAAUUCGAAAAUAGGUCUAAGGCAACUGAAGUAGCUUUCGAAAGGGACGGCCCUCUCACCCCAGAAGAAAUGGAGCAGAGCCUUAUUGCAAAGUCGAAAAUGCUCGGCAACAUCAAAUUCAUUGGGGAACUUGGAAAGUUGGAGAUGGUACAAGAGGGAAAAUUGCCAGGAUGUUCUAGCAACAAUGAUGCUUCCACUUAUUCUGGCAACAACAACGUCUGCCCAAAUCCAGAGGACUUGGAAUGCCUCUGCCAGAUACUACGUACUGUGGGGAAAAGAUUGGACCACGACAGGGCCCAGGCUUGGAUGGAUCAGUACUUUGAGAGGAUCAAAACACUUCAGAAUAUGCCGGGACUGCCUCCAAGGAUCAAGUUCAUGUUGCAGGACAUAAUUGAGUUGAGGGCUAACAAGUGGCAACCUCGCAAGACCGUACUUCCUGAGGGAGCUCCUAGGACCAUUCAACAGGUGAUUCGAUUGUGUGUGUGUACAAGUGGAAUUGGAUCUGAAUGCAUGGAGAAUCAGGAGAGCAUUCAAGAAGAGAGUGGCCUCUUCAAUACCAACAAAAUGCCUCAGCAUCCUAACAUGAGUCCAUCCUACCUCCUCUCUGACCCAUUCUUCUCUGGGCCCCCUUCCAAUCCUCAGUUCUUCAAUGACCCAUUUGGAGGUGUUAUGGGUACUAACAACCCUGGGAGUCAUUGGCUGGGAGGGGGUACGGCCAGAGAGCUGCCUCCAAGAUUUCGCAAGCAGCAGCAGCAAGAUCCGGAGAUGAACAAACCUUCUCUCUUGGAUAGAAACCUGGCCAAGGUUAAACCAUCUACAUCACUGGAGGAGGGCGAGCAUCGACACAAACCCAGUAGCAGCAGCAACAAUCCGAUGCCCCAAUUUCAUCCUCUGGCAUCUGCGUCAAUGGGGUCCAGGCCACCCUUGCUGCCACAAGCAGGCUACUAUCCACCUAACUAUCCUCCUAAUUUUAUGAGGCCACCUCCUUUUAACAUGCCACCCUAUCAUCUUCCUGGGGCUCCUUCAAAUUUUCAUCCUCCUCACAUGGUUAUGCCCUCAAGAGGUUUCGAAGGGUAUGGGGCUGGUCGUGGCGCCCCUCAAAUGCAUCUGAUGAGGCCUAACCAGAAAGGGCACAAUGAUGAGGAGAUUAGUUUGAGGCCGAUGAAUGCAUUAGCACCUACUGCUGCUGCUACUGGCAAUGUGAUGAAAUAUCCUACUGACGAAGAUAGAGACAACAUGAGUAGGCUGAUUAAAUCAUUGCACGAGAAGGAGCUCUUCACUUCAGAUCAGUUCAUGAAGUCAUUCAAAAUCUUACUGGAUCGCCUGAGCAUACUUGAGCAAGAUCUUCCUCUUGCUAAAUCACACCUUGCAAGACUGGCUGCCCAGGCUGUUUGCUGUGACUCGGUUUCACUAAUCGACAUAGCCGGACCCCUCGCCUCUGGGAAUCAUUAUCCGAUGUUUUUGCUCUGCUUGCAGCAGUUGGUGAAGUUGGAAAGCAGCCAAUGGCUUGCUGGGCGAUUUGAUGCUAGCAAGAUUAACCUGAGAUCUAUGCUACCUGCUGAACUUGAGAAAAAUGAUAGACUCAUGGAAAUCUUGGAAGAUAGAGGUCUUGGUUUUUUGCUACCACUACAAAGAGUUCAGGGUGAAAUGUGGAAACAUGGCGUGGCUGCCGUUGGUCCUAGCGCUGCUGUUUUUUUCAAGUGGUUAAAAGAGAACGUUGAUCAGAAAUUACACUCAGAUCCUAUGUUUGUUUCAAUGCUAGUCACUACAUUGAUAAAAUUCAUCACUAUGGAGUCAACAUUGAAAGAGGGUCUCGAUACUUCUGUAGCUCCAGACAAACAAACUGUCUUGAAGGAGAAACAACUACUCGAAAAAUAUAAGGGGGUUCUCCAGAAGUUCCUACUGGAUAAGAUUGAUUUGCAUGUCAGCGCCAUCUACGCUCUGCAAGUCUUCUCUCAUUCUAUGAAUAAUCCCAAAGGCUUGCUGCUACGUCUGUUCAGUACACUGUAUGACCUUGAGGUAAUCUACGAAGAAGCUUUCCUCAAAUGGAAGGAAGAGGUCAAUGAACUUCAGCCUGGCAAAGGUCAAGCCCUCUUUCAGGUUAACCAAUGGCUUGUAUGGCUGGAGCAGGCUGAUGAAGAUUCGGAGGAGGAGGAUUAA